AUGCACAUUUCGUCCCCAUCCUCACUCCGUCUUGAAAACACCAUUUCUAUGAUUUUUCUUUUAUUACUGUCGACUUGUAAAAGAAAAUCACGUUGGUUUCUUUCUCUACUUUUUAAUGUUUUUUUUUUUAAAUUGUUUUUCUUUCUCUUUUUCUAUCUUUCACAAUUUAUUUUGAAAUUAAUUUUUUCUUCUCUUUUUUUUAUCUUUCUCUCAUAUAUUCUUUGCUUUUUUUUUCUAUUUUAUUACUUCAUUUUCUUCAAUUUCCCUUUAUUCUUCUUUUUUUUCUCUCACAUAUUUUAUCUCCGUUGUUUUUUUUUUUCUUUUUUCGGUUUUGUCGUUUUCUUUUUGACUUUCCGUUUUGUUUCGUACCCUUUUUUCGGAUUUGUCGUUUUCUUUUUUUACCUUUUCGGUUUGUUGUUCAUUUUCACUUUUGCUUCUUUCCUUUCUCCUCUUUUAGUUUUGUUUCUGUUUCUUUUUCGUUUUCUUUCUUUAUUUUCCCAUUUCAUUUUAUUUUCUUUUCCCAUCAUCUUUUUUUUGUCUUUCAGUCCAGAUUCUCUCUCUCUCUCUCUCUCUCUCUCUCUCUCUCUCUUUCUCUAUAUUCUUUUUUUCUCUCUUUCUUUCUUCUACUUUCCUCGUUUUCGCCCUUUGUCUUUCGUUUUCUUAUUUUUUCUUUAUUAUCUCCCCUUAUUAUUAGCAUAA